ACUAAGCAAGGCGACUUUAAUAGCAAAUAGCAACUUUCCUUCUCCUUUCUCUCAGUCUCAAAGCAUAAAGUUGAAUAGUUAUGGAUGUCACUGCUAUAACUAUCACCUUACUGGUGCUCAUGUCUGUAGGCACAAGAGUUGAAAUGCAUCCUAUACAACCCGGUGCCUCACUUCUCCCAAAUAGCACUCCUUGUUGGCCUUCCCCUUCUGGAGAUUUUGCAUUUGGUUUCUAUGAGCAAGGCAAUGUCUUUGUAAUUGCAAUUUGGUUGGUUAGCGGGGAGAACAAGACAGUGGUAUGGAGUGCAAUGCGGGAUGAUCCUCCUGUCUCGUCAAAUGCAAAGCUACAACUAACGAUGGAUGGUAAAGUCGUACUAAUAGAUGAGCAAGUAGAAAAGGUUAUUGCAGACAAUGCUAGUGCAAAAGCUUCCUCUGCCUUCAUGCUUGAUUCUGGAAACUUUGUACUAUACAACAAUAAUUCCAACGUCAUAUGGCAGAGUUUCGAUCACCCUACGGAUACGUUGUUAGGGGGUCAGUAUCUUCCUAAUGGACAUCAACUGGUCUCUAAUUUAUCUCAGAACAGCCACUCAAGUGGGCGGUUUCGACUCAAGAUGCAGAAUGAUGGAGAUCUUGUUCUGUAUCCACUGGACACAUCUGACACAGAACGGGAUGCUUACUGGCAAUCUCAUACUUCCACUUUUGGUUUCAAAACUCAUCUUUAUCUCAACCAUACAGGUUUACUGCAGAUUAUGAAUGGCAGUGACGGGGGAAUUGAGAGUCUAGACUGGUACUCAUCUUUGCCUAACGAUGGGAGCCGGAUCAUUUAUCGUGCAACCCUGGAUUAUGAUGGGAUAUUUCGGCUGUAUGCUCAUUUUAACAACAAUGGUAGUAUCUACAAAGUGCAUAACUGGCCGGCCGAAAAUAGCUGUAAAGUAAAUGGUUUUUGUGGCUUCAACAGCUACUGCACAUUCAUUGACACCCAAUCACUCGCCGAACAGGUGUGCAAUUGUAUUUUGGGUUUUAAACCCAUAAAUCCGAAUGACUCCACUCUAGGCUGCAAAAGGAGUUUUCAGAAACAAGAUUGUGGCGAGAAAGAUAGCGCAACCUUAUAUGACAUGAAGUCGAUGCAGAAUAUGGCGUUGGGGGAUGAUCCUUAUUUCGAAGCUGACAUGUCAGAAGAAGACGAAUGUUCCUCUACAUGCUUGGCUGAUUGCAGCUGCGAGGCUGCAUUUUAUGACGGUGAAAGCUGCAUGAAACAGAGGUUACCUUUGAGAUAUGUUACAAGGAAAGGAGAAUAUUCUUAUAGAGGCACGCUAUUCUUGAAAGUGAGAACCAACCUCAAGAACGAGACUAGGAAUGAUAAUCCUGCACCUGAACAACUACCUCCACUGCCACCUCCAAUCAAGACUACAAGUAACAAAGCAACGGUGCAGAUUAUUGUCAUUACCUCCGUAUUUUCUCUUCUUUCAUCUUCAACUUUUUUCAUCUUCAUCCAUUACAUGUACAAGAUUCGAGUAUUGAAGUAUAAAAGGCUGAUGGAGACUGGGAACUUGGGCCUCAGUGAAGAGGUGACUUUGAGAAGGUUUUCGUACAGCGAGCUGAAAAGAGCAACGAAUAAUUUCAAACAAGAGUUGGGAAGAGGAUCUUUUGGAGCAGUUUACAAGGGAGGAUUGCACAAGGGUAGGAGGUUGAUUGCGGUGAAGAGACUAGAAAAGAUGGUGGAAGAAGGAGAAAGAGAGUUCCAAGCAGAAAUGCGAGCCAUUGGAAAAACCCACCACAAGAACCUAGUUCGCUUGUUGGGUUUUUGUGCUGAGGGUUCUAAAAGGCUUCUGGUUUAUGAGUACAUGCCCAAUGGCUCCCUUGGAAACAUUAUCUUUGGGGCUCACAGUCAGAGUCACAGACGUCCAGAGUGGGAUGAGAGAGUAAGAAUAGCAAUUGAGAUUGCAAGAGGGAUUUUGUACCUCCAUGAAGGGUGUGAGGCACCAAUCAUUCAUUGCGACAUAAAGCCUCAAAACAUUCUGAUGGAUGAGUUCUGGACUGCUAAGAUAUCUGAUUUCGGACUAGCCAAACUUCUGAUGCCAGAUCAAACCAGAACCUUCACAGGGGCUAGAGGGACAAGAGGGUAUGUGGCUCCUGAAUGGCACAAGAACACCCCAAUAUCUGUAAAGGCUGAUGUGUAUAGCUACGGAAUAGUGCUGCUGGAAAUUUUAUGCUGCAGAAGAAACAUGGAAGUUCAUGUCUCCGAACCUGAGGCAGUUCUUCUCUCCAAUUGGGCUUAUCAGUGUUUUGUUGCCGGACAGCUUAAUAAGCUUCUUCUUUGGGAAGCUGUUGAUAAAACUGUAGUGGAAAACAUGGUUAAGGUGGCCCUUUGGUGUGUCCAAGAUGAACCUGUUCUUCGCCCAGCAAUGAAGAGUGUGGUGUUGAUGUUAGAAGGGGUCACCGACAUAGCAGUUCCUCCUCGUCCCAAUUCUAAUUCUAUGUGAAUUUUUUGUCAAUGAAAUGUUGCAUCGUUCAUAAAUCAUGUGCUUUUCAGUUUAUUUGUUUAUCUUUUGUUACGUACUGUUGUAUUCCUUUUCAGUUAUAAAACAAGGUAGCAAGCCACAAGCUGAAGUAGUAAUUUUUCAUGUUAAUUCGUGUUUCAGCAGCAGAUAUAUCAUAGUUUACUCUUUACUUAAAGCUUCAGUUUGAGUGAAAAAACA